ACAAGCUUGCAUGUGGGAAGGGGUUUAAAAAGUUUAGGAGGCCAGCUUGGAGCUUUGCUAUGGGGAAGUUAGGGAUAUUUCUGUACUUGGUUGUUGGAAUUUUUAUUCCUGUUCAAUCAACAAUAGAGGAACAGGUUAAGUUUUCCCGGGAUUAUGUAAAGAAUCUCUUGCCGUUCCCAAUUGAAAGAAAUUUUGACACCAUCUUCAGUUCAUGGCGAAGUAGGACCCCUGCUUUUCACAUGCUCGCUGAAUUACGUCCCCGCUUGAGAGCUCCCAGAAUUCAGGUGUUUUGCAACAGAUCUCAGGUAACUUUGCUGGUCGACAAGAGACUCAGCGGUGUCACACUGAAUAGAGAGGACGUGCAGUUUGGUGACGACUGCUACAGCAACGGGGACCUAGAAAACCAGCUCGUCUUUACUUACCACUUUGCUCAAUGUGGAACAAAUUCUGGACUGCAGAAUGGCUUCGAGGUAUUCUCCAACUCUCUCCACUUCAAUCCCAGAAAAUCUCUCUUUACCUGGUGGCUAACUCCUUUCAAAGUACCCAUUUCCUGCACCCUAAAGAGGUCAGGCAGUGACCCUCAUACCUUUCCUGUGUCAACAACACUUCCUGAGAAUGACGGCUUUGAAAUAAAGACGAUGAAUCCAACCUGGACUCAUACAGCAGACUCCAACAUCUACCAAAGAGGCCAGAUUGUCUAUCUGCAGGUGACUGCCAAGCCCGCUCCUGACCAGCAGCUUUUCAUCCAAUCCUGCUUUGUCUCUGCAUCCCCUGACCCUCAGACUAGAUCUAGGCAUGCAGUCAUACUGAAUAAAGGGUGUACAGCCACAGUGGGAUCUCAGACUUUCACACAAUUUGUUGCCUCUGAGAGAGAGGGUGCGAUUAAUUUUCUUCUAGACACUUCUCAUCUAAUUUCUGAGGUUUACAUCCACUGUAGUGUGCUUAUCUCAGACCAGGGCAUCACCUCGGGUUCAAAAUCCUGCAACUACAACAAGAUUCAGUCAAGGUGGGAGGAGCUGAGUGGAAACGUAGAGGUGUGCAGAUGCUGUAGCUCAAGGUGUCAAGGACCUUCACGCAAGCACAAUCGUAUUGAUACAAGGGCUAUAGUCGGCACUGGUCCCUUGGUCAUUGUCGACCCCUCCAGCACCCCUGUAGCCAACUCCAUGCAGUCUGACACUCCCGAUCCUACAGAGACUGAAAACCAGUCAAUCUCGCAGUCUGACUCUGCAGCCCCAAAGGACUGGAUAGUUUCUGGUUCUUCUUUCCAAGGUAACGACCCCUCUAAAGCCCCCUGGUACACUGCCCCACAAGGUGUAGUGAUCAUGAGCCAGGACCCAGUGGUCAGACUGACCCUGGGGCUGCUCGGACAGGUGAAGGUCACUGAUGCAGGAUGUAAUGACAGCACUGGUUCUCCUUCAGAUAGUGAUUUGAGAGGCCAGUCACAGCUGAGUGACACACUAUCAAAUGACAUCCCAGAGAUGCACCCUGCAGCCACAGAGCAGGACUUCAUUCUCAGCACUGCAACGAAUAAGAUUGGUGGUGAUGGUUUAAAUGAGGGAGAACAUGAUACCAAGAUGCAGCUCAUGAAUGUUCCAUCUUUGGUUGAUGGAUGGAUGAUCCCUCCACAUCUGGAAAAACCAGCUGCUGCAGAAUCAGCACAGAGAAAACAGCUGGGCAGAGGAUCUCGGAUGCUGCACGCAGAUGCUCCACAAGAGAGCUACGGCCCCGUGCCAGCUGAAAACACCAGUGACUUGAAGCGGCAUGGGAGUGAUGAUUUCGGCCAUGAGAGAGACGAGCUGGCUCAAAGGCAAGCACAAACACUGAUGUACAAGGAAGAGACAACUGCUGACUUCCAACCGGCAAUCCGCUCAAAGCUGCAGUUUUCCAAAGGCGUGGAUGGAUUGCAGACACUGACUUAUGAGGAAGAAGUGAUGAGGCCACGAGAGGGAAAAGCUAUGAGAAGAUUUGGGACAAAUAAAGUUUCUAGGAGACAGAUGACUGGACAGAGGGGACUACUCUCAACCUUCCUUGAUCUGUUGAGGAGGCUGGACAAAGCAGAGUAAUGCAACUGGAUGCCUUGCUUUCAUAAUUAAAUAAAGAAACUGAAUUAUG